AAUAUUGUAAUUAACCUUCUACAAUGGACAUAUACUUAAUAAUAUCAUUAAUAAUAACUAUUACAGGACUUAUAUUCAUAACACUAUUCUUUUUACUUCGAGAUGAUACUCAAUUACACAUAAUGAAUCGAAGAGAGCGUGAUAUUGCCAUCUUAGAUUUGAAAAGAAACCUCAGAUUAUUUAGUACAGUAAACAAUGAAAUAAGAGACGAAGAUGAAUUGAGAAUCAAAAACUAUUCAUUCGAUCCGAAACAAACACCACACAACGAUUUUCGAAACUGGCAAUAUCGAGCAGAAAAAUUGGCGGAAUUGACUGGAUUUGCCAUCGUGCUGCUUUGGAAUUCGAUCACGAUUGAUGAUGAACCUGUCACAGAUGACAUAAAAAAAAAUUUGAAAAUAGUCGAAGACAUUAUCAAGCGACUUCUGAAUACUUUGCCUCGAAAAUUCACCAACGACAAAAUACCCUGGGAUAAUGCAUGGCGACUUUUCUGGAUCAAUUUGCCAACGUUAUUCUCAAUGUACCAAAUAAUCGGUACCGAUGACGAAUUAAAUCUCAAAUGUCAUCGAACGAUCAUAAAAUUAAUACCUUCCGUGGACUUGGAGCUUAAAUUUGAUGACUUUGACCCCGUGAUAGAUUUUAUAAAUAUGUCGGUUCCCCGUUUGGUGACGAAUUAUUUUUAUAAUUACCCGGCUUUUUUGGCAGACAUAAGUAAUCAUAAAUUUACUGAUCUGAAAAAUUAUUUAUCAAAAAAGUAUAACAAAGGUGAUAAAAUUAGCAAAGGAAUUUAUCAAGAUUUAUCAGCCGUGAUGCAUGAUGACGUAAUAAAUUAUAGUGAAUUUUUCGGCCUUGUCAACUCGUUACAAUUUCCUGAUUUUUAUGUUGCCGUUUCCUCGAGUCUCAAUUUGCCAUCGAAUCUGUACGAUUUCAGCAAGAAACUGAUUCCGAAACUUCUCCAUCCGUCGAUUAAUUAUACGACCCUUGGACUGAUGUCCAUCGACGCUAUGAGAACUAGUCAGUACCCGUAUUGGGGCAUUACGGGUACAUUGGGUCUAUUUAUAUUCCCAUUUGGUGGAAUCGGUCUGUUCAAAACUGAUAAAUUUUCAUUUUCCGUGAGGAUUCAGCAGCCGGGAAUUGCGAGUUUCGAAAAAGACAUUGGAAAUGUUUUUCUGGAAGCUUUGGGUUGGAUCCAAUUACGGAAGUUUUAUUUUAAAGAUCAAAGUUAUGCCGACUUUGUUAAUUGGAAUGUUUUAAAAAAUGAACCGGGAAUAAUUUCUUAUGCAGACGAUAAAUGUCCGGUACUCGAGUCUUCAGUUAAAAAAUUCUACAGUUCGAAAAGUGAAUACAAUUUUAUUGGGCGCUUGAAAACUUACGAUCUUUUAUUCUGGAGAUCGGAAUAUUUGAUUGACAAUUUAAUUAAUUGUCAUGUGUUAGAAGUUGGGAUCGUGACGGACAAUGGAUUGGAGUCGAUUUAUAGAAUCAAUAAUCGAUACGAUGUUGCAGUUAAAUUUCGGUAUGAUGAUAAAAGCAAUAGUGGUCUGUUAAAGUGUUCAAUUGACCAGACGACGAUAAAAUUAACCGACGGGUGUGUUAGCAUCCAACCGGGCGAAACUGUAACAUUUAAUUGGAGAAUGCUGAUUGACGAUGGAGUUAAAAGUAAAAUGAAUAUUGAUGCAUCAGAUAAUUUUACAUUUGAGUAUCGGAAUUUUAGAUAUUUGAUAGAGUCGAAAAAAAUGCCAGAGUAUUUUACAGUCAAGCAGAAUGAUAAAGUUAUCUUGCUCGGGAGCUCUAAUCCUACUGAGACAGACUCUAUCGCUUAUAAAGGUACUGUUUGGGAUAGAAAUAUUGAAACAAUGAUGUAUGAAAAACGAGUUGCUUGAUUAAUCUGCUCGACAAUAAUGACCGAUUUUGAUGAUUAAUUGACAAUUAUUAGUCCGUUUUUUUUUUAAACAAAUG